CCUCUUUUCCUCUCUCCCUCCCUCGUUCCGUUCCCCAAAUCGCCGAGCGCUAGGGUUCCCUCUCCCUCUCGCGCACUCUCCGCCGCCACCGUUCCCGUCGUCUUGUUCGCGUCGUCGGCCUCCCUACGUCCUCGCCGCGGCCUCCAUCGCCAAGAUCCAGCCGGGGGCAGGCUGUUCCUCGCCGGCGCCGGACGUACCGGCCGCGACCCCUCCUCCCUCGUGUAACCCCAAAGGCUCGACGCACCCGGGUCCAGCCGGUCGCCUGGGAUCCUGGGUGCCUCCCACGGCGCUGAAAGGGAUCCGGGCUCCCGGCGGCAGCCGAUUGCCCCCCGCAGCGCCUCCCGCCGAGGAACUCCAGCUAGGAUUCUCCGUGCGUCAGACGGCGAAAGCUUCCACGCAUCGGUGGCACGGCAGAAAGUCGCGGGCACCGAGCAUUCAUCUGAACUCUGCUUCUUGCACGGCAGAGUCUUUCCGGUCUCGAUCCUCCUCCGCCUUGCCACUUCCGCGCGCCGAUGGCGCCGUCGUGGUCGGAGCUGCCGUCGGAUCUCCUCGGCGUCCUCCUCCUCCACCUGCGCUGCCUCGCAGACCGCGUCUACUUCGGCGCCGUCUGCCGCUCCUGGCGCUCCGCCACGGCCCACGCGGCGCUGCCGCCGCAGCUCCCGUGGCUCCUCCUCGUCCCGUCCGCCGGCGCACCCUGCUUCGUCAGCCUCCUCGCGGGCUCCGCCCGCCGCCGCAUCUCGCUGCCCCACGGCGCCCAAGGCGCGCGCCUCUGCGGUGCCCACGCCGGCGGCUGGCUCGCCGUCGCCGCCAGCGGCUGGCGCGCGUGCGCGCUCGUCAACGCCUUCUCCCGCUCGUGGGUCCCCCUGCCCGACAGGAUGCUGGUGCCCAGGCACGGCAUCACGACCUGCCUGGUUGUCCGCGCGGUCGCGCUCUCGGCGCCGCCCACCUCGCGGAGCUGUGUCGCCGCCGCGCUCGUCUGCGGCGUGUCCAACCUCGCGUUCUUGCGGCCCGGGACGGACCGCCAAUGGCUGGCCUCCGAUGACGUGCCCGGUCUCCAGGACGUCCUGUACCAUGACGGCGAGGUCCUUCGGGGCUUCCACGCCGUCAUCAACGACGAGGCGGUCAAGGUGUUCCUGCCGGAAGGCGUCCAUAGCGCGCCCGACCUCAUGAUGACCUGGAGGUCCUACCGGAUGCAGCGGCAGCAGAACGCGCCGGCGCCGAGCCGGUCUCCCUCCGCCGGCGUGAGCCGCUACCUGGUGGAGUCCCGCGGGAAGCUGCUGAUGGUCGUGCGCCGCUUCCCCUCCGUCAAGCACGGCGGCGGCGCGGCCGCGGCGCGCGGGUUCGAGGUCUUGGAGCUGGGGGUGCAGACCCUGCCCGGUGGCGACCACGCGGCGUGGUGGGUGGAGCUCGACGGCGGCUUGGACGGGCGCGUGAUCUUCCUCUCGCGAGGCUGCUCCAGGGCGUUCGAGGCGUCCCAGUUCGCCGGGUUCCAGGAGGGCAUCUACUUCUUGGAGGACACAAGCUUCGACAUCUCCUUGGCGCUGUCGCGCGGGGGCAAUUUCCCGUGCAGCGACGUCGGCUGCUACUCGGGCAGCGAGAUCAUGCCUGGGAUCAAGGGCUUCCCGUCCGAGUUCCAGUCGACUAUCUCCUCACCGACCUGGUUUUACCCAUGACUUCGCUGCUCUGCUCGCGUUCAAUGGAUCACUCUGUUCUAGUUCUACCAUGAAUUCGUGCCCAGUGGGACCACUUGUGCAUCACCAAUGCGCCAUGACUUAGCAGUUGUCCUCUAGAACAAAAUUAAAAGCACCAUUUAAUAAAAAAGAAAAAAGAACAAAAAGGCACACUUUGUCCAUCAAUUGCCACAUUUUUUUCGUUACAACGAUGUAAACCCUAAUAGGUGGAGUGGUACAAGCCUCCACGGCUACGUUGAGAGGUGGUUCCUAUCUCU